ACGCUUAAGCUUUUGACUGCCUUCUCUGCAUUUCUGUACUUUCUCUCUCACCCACUUUCCUCUGCUUCUUCUUCUCCCGAAAGCUUCCCCUCCGAUUCGAUCUCAGUCUCUCACGCACGGAUUAAGCUCAUCACGCUCUCCGAUUGGCUUUCGCUCUCUGGGGUUUAAGGAAGAGGUUGUGGAGAUCUAUCGAUUUGGUGGAGGGUUAAGACCGGAAAAGCAUGCGGUGGUUGCUGACCCGUUCUGUUGAUGUGUUUCGCAAAGUUAUCUCUUUGAAUUUAUACUGUAGAGUUAUUCUGUAAUUGUUCUUUGUUUUAAGACAGUGGAUUAGUGAAUACUCUUCGGUUUCGAGCCAUUUUUAACUCCUGAUUAUUCUCCAUGGGAUCCUCUUUUUUCAUCGUCGUUCCUUGGUAUGUCCGUCAGAUUAGUUGAAACUCCAGAUCAAAAUCCCUUUUCCUGAAAUUCUGUUUCAGUCCAUUUUCGGCCUUUUUCAGUUUUAGCUUUGUCUAGCCGUUUUUUCGUAUUCUCUUUGAAUCUCGGUAUUCUGCAAACUCUUUCGUUUCGUUGGUUAAGUCUCUUGUUUCCAGUGAUCAAUCAGCUUGAGUCUGUUUUCUUGAAAUUGUGGUGUUUUGGAAGUCUGUUCGUCUUCCUAAAUCAUAUUCAAGUGCUGGGAAAUUGUUUAGUUAUGGUAAGCCAAGCAGCGAGCCAAACAAGAUUUCGAGCAUUGAAACAUGAAAAUGGGAUUGAUGGGAGCGCCACCAUAGUUAUUAGAGUAAUAGCAUGCUUUCAACCUCUUCAGGAUUGCCAGGCUGAAUAUUUUCGUCAUUUGCUGAAACCUGUCACGUAGAUACUUUCUGUGCUUUGCGUUCAAAUUAAGCUGGAGAUUUUAGUUUUUUUUCAUUGCUGCGGAAAGAGACAUUAAUCAACUGUUUCUAGUUGUACAUACGACUUUCUGGUAGUUGAUUUGAUUGGAUGGGUGAAUUCGGAUCUUGGAUUCACCAGCCGCAUGAUCGGCGACCGCCCGAUCCAUAUACCUUGGGUGCUCCUUUUGUCUUGGGGCAACAGAACUUCAUUUCUGCAUAUAGAAACCCUGGCACUAGUAUGCUGUUCACAAAUGGAACUUUGCCAGUGUAUGCAUCAUCUGGGUUGCCCCAUCCACAAGUUGGCAGAGCAAAUGAACCUCAUGGUUGGUUCUAUUGCUUGCCCAGUAUCCAACAGGCAUUCGUGCCUGCUACACACACUGUUCUCAAAGAGAAAGUUUCUACUUGCUCCUUCCAAGACCCUAAGGAGACAUUGAUACCCUGUGUAGACCCUGACAGUAAACAGAAGAGAUUGCUUGUCAGCAAUCCGUCAGGGGAUCAAACAAGUUUGGUCUUUAAUUCUGGAAUAGUGAAUCCUUUGCAGUGCCCUACUUCUUGGGAUGGGUACCAACAAGGUGCAUACCAUGUGAAUGGGAAUGAUCAUGCAUCUAAUAGAGAUUUUCCAAACCUCUCGGGAGCAAUUUUGACUGAUGAGUUUAAAGGAAAUGAUGAAUCUGGUGCUGAAAGUGAGAUGCAUGAAGACACAGAAGAACUGAAUGCAUUGCUCUACUCAGAUGAUGAGAGCGACUAUACCGAGGACGAUGAAGUUACUAGCACAGGUCAUUCCCCUAGUACAAUGACAGUUCAUGAUAAGCAGAAUUGGUUUGAAGCAAGGGAUGAAGAAGUUGCUAGUUCUUGUGGAAUAACUAAAAAGCGGAAGCUAUUUGAUGGAGGUUAUGAUGUGCCAUCCAUAAUGGACACUGCAACUUCCAAGAAUCCCGACAGAUCAGCUGAGUUAGAGGAUGAUGCAGAAUCCAGUUGUGCCCGCAACAGAAGUUCCGGGUCUAGAGAAUUGGAUUCCUUGUCCAGCAACAAGAAGAUGAAAAAGGACAAGAUACGCGAGACAGUGAGCGUUCUGCAGAACAUAAUUCCUGGUGUCAAGGGAAAAGAUGCAAUGGUGGUGCUCGAUGAAGCCAUCCUCUACCUAAAUUUGCUGAAGGUUAAGGCCAAAGCUUUUGGACUCGAGUCUCUCUGAGUCCCAACCUAUCUAUCCAAGUAUACAGUAGAUUUCCAGUAGCAGUUUGACAUUAUCAGUUCUAAUCGUUUAGAAACAGUUGAUGUGAUUGUGGAGAAUAAGUUGCCUGGUUGGUGGUGUGUAUGCGUUGCUUGUAGAGAUGGUAGGACAUGAGGCGUGUUCCAGCUAGGGUGGUGGUGAAAAUUGUUGCUUGAAGUUGAACCCCUCUUGAAGUAUUUUCUUCAAUGAUUGGGUAGGAUUGGAAAUCAGCGGAGCUUUGGGGUUGGAUAUCAUGAGCAAGAAGGGAGUGGUGCUUUACAUAAUGUCCCAAUAAAGGGCGGUGAAUCAUGGUUUUAGGUUUAAGAGAAAGUGACGAGCGCACCUGGGCAUGGGGUGAAUUGAAAGACUCGGUAGUUUUAUUCUGGAGGGCCCCUACCCCUAAAGAGAAGAGAAAGAGGUGCACGCUCUUGGUUGUAUUUGGGUCCCAACUCUCACUUUCUCCUCCCUUUUUGUUUACUUGUCCAUGUUUAUCAUCUGUGGAGCUCUCCUCUUUACUGAUGUCCAAGUUUCCACGAGCAAGAGCGCGCCUUCUCCACUCCAUCAUGCAAAUGGGGCCGAUUGGGAGGCCGGCCGAGGGCCCUAAUCCCACCAUUUCUCGUGUCUAGCCAGCCAUGUGACGGAGACUAAGCGUAUCGGAUUUUCACUGUAAACGUGACGGUGAAUAGACUUUGUGAUAUGAGGAUAAUGGGGUUGGAUAUUAAUGUUGUAAUAAAAGAGAGGGGAAGUGUGAUGAUGUAUUCGUGUUGGGUGUAAUUUAAGUUGGGUUGGUGUUAUGUUGUCUUGAUGUUUAUGUACUUACGUCGCAUGCACGCGUUUGGUGAUAUGAGACAGUGAUGUGUUGUGUGAUUCUUGAUUUGUGUUGUUGCAAAGUUUCUUUCAUUAUGGGUGUUUCGGGGACCACGGAGUUGCAUACUUGCAUUAUUAGCUUAAGACUGUAAGGAGGAAUAAUAAAUAACUUCUAUG